CAGUGCGUAUGCAGGCAGGCUAGCAGCAGGCUGGUCUCCUCCUGGGGAGCUCUCCCCAGCUACACCGCCAAGGCUGCUGUGGCCGAAGAUAAAAGCCUCUUGGUUUUUACCUCUUUAGUGAGUAUCGAACAUGGAUGGUUUCCAAACAAUCCUGAAAUUCUUUAUGAACCGGAAAACCGCUAUAGGGUACAGUUUCAUGGCGCUGCUGACAAUGGGAGGUGAACGCGUAUUUUCUCUUGUUGCUUUCAGAUGCCCCUGCAGCGAUGAAAACUUCAGGUAUGGCUUGGUAUUUCUCUUCUCUCCAGCUUUUGUUUUGCUGGUUAUUGGAUACUUCUUGAACAGCAAGACCUGGAAACUCUUUACAGGCUGCUGGGUGAAUCCCAGAAAAAUAUUCCCCAGGGGGAAUAUCUGCCGUUUCUUUUAUGUCUUUGGACAAAUCACUUUAAACGCUCUGGUAGCCCCAGUGAUGUGGCUUUCUGUGGCUUUGCUCAAUGGGACUUUUUACGAAUGUGCCAUGAGUGGCUUGAAAAAUCCUGCCUACUUACAUGCAGUUUGCCACAGCAAAUCUGCAACAUGCUUUGAAGAGCUACACAAGGUAGCCUGUGACAAAAGCUCCAUGCCCUUUUCAGAGAGCGACGAACUGAAACGAACUCUUCAAGCACAGUCUCAGAUUUUAGGCUGGUGUGUGAUAGUCACCACAGCUCUUCUCUCCCUGCUAACCACUUGCUGUGCCAGCUGCCAGUCCAAAGUCAGCCACCUCCAGCUGAUGUUCUGGAGGGUGUACGCGGAGAAGGAGAAGGAGCAACUGGAGCAGAUCUUCCAGGUGUAUGCCACCAGACUGAGCGAGCGAAACCUGAAGUGCUUUUUUGAGAACAAGGAACCAGAAGCGAUUCCCCUGCCAGCUUUUCAGGCAUGGGAAGAUGCUUCCCAGCUCUACUCCUUCAGCAGUAGCAAACAGCAUUAUAGCACAAUUCACAGGCUAGUUGAAGAAGGACAGAAAGAAACCAGUGAGGAAAGAGAGACAGUGCUGGACUUUGUAGACAGAAGGGUAUAA